AUGGCUAAGAGACAUAAGCAUUAUGCUGGUGCAAAGAAGAAACGCUCAAACGGCAGUGGUGGUUCACGUGGGAAGGUGAACCAUAAAAGUAAAUAUCUGAGAAAACGUCAGCAAUCUGAACAGAAAGAUCGAAAGGGUGAUGGGAUAAAUAACUGGUUUAACUCAUCUCUUCCGAUGGGAAAUGGUGAUUUAUCAUUGGGUAUGGAUUACUCCAAUCCUGGUAGGGCAGUCAUAUCGGCCCAAAAUAUAGAAGAUUAUUAUUUUGGUAGAAGAAAGGACAAAUCAAUGAAGCAAGGUGGAUUUAGACUUGGGAAAAGGAACUACUCGUCAAAUGAUUUGAACUCUGCUAAUAGUUCAUUUAGAAAGAGGCCCAUGGUUUUUGUUAAGGCUGCAGAGGUGUACGACCCAUCGCAUGAUUUAAUUUUACAACUGGCAAAGAACCAAAAACGUAAGUGCUUACCAACAGAAAGUCUAUCGAAUGACGAACCUGACUCAACUGAUAAUAGUGAUGGACAGUAUAGUGAUUUUGAGAGUUCUGAUGAGAGCGACAGUGUGUCAGAUGUUUCAUCUCGUUUUGAAGAGGAUAUCAUUAAACAAGAUGAGAACACAGGUGAUGAAAGCUUAGAUGUUGAACUCAAGGAAGCAGAGGACGAUAAAAUUAUUGAAGUUAACCAAACAGAGCGUACUUAUUCAGAAAAUGAGGUUGAUAAAAUUGCUAAUGUUGCUGAUAAUGAACUCUUUUUUGUGGAUGACACUGGUUAUUCUGAUGAUAACAAACCUAUCAUACGAAACGUACAUGUCCCACUAAAGGAAACAGCAACACCACAAUCAAAGAAAGUACCUGCUUUGGAGUUUGAUCCAUCUUUGGUUAUUGGUAAGGUUGAGAUUCCUUUAGAAGAAGGUGAGAAUGGUGAAGUUAUUGCUGAUUUGACCCAUGCACCUUAUAGAAACUAUAUUAAAAACGUACUAAAAGAUAUUAAUGCUGAAACUGACACAGACAAUGAUGAAGAUGUGGGUUACGAUUCUGGCGAUAUAAUAGACGAAAUACCCGAUGUUAAUGAAGAUAUUCAUGAUUACGAUACAACACCUAUCUCUUUCUUUGCAAGUCCGGCAGACUCUGAUGUACAGCUAUCAGAAAGGAUAAAAACAUUGGAAUUAGAAAAGCAUUUAGAAGGUAAUGUUAAAGAAGAACCUCAGGAACCGGAAUUUGGAUUUGUUGAAGAUGAUUAUGUUGUGAACACAUCAGAUAUUUAUGUUACUAACAUCAGACUUGGUUUUAAUGAAAAUUCUUAUUUUUUGAAAUGUUAUAGAUUAUUUGGUGAUCAUGAAGCAAGAUGGGUUUCUCAAGAUAUAUUUGUCGAUUUUAUUUUGGAAGAUCUAGGUCUUCCUGAAACACGUUUAGCUGCAUACCUGAGACACGUUAAGGAUUCUUUGAUACCGAAAGAAGAAACACCAGAACCAAUUUACUCAGAUAUUCCAUUUUCUGAUUCUAGUGAUGAAGAAGGUGCUAUGAAUAACGUCAAUAAUGAAGACGAUGAUAUUACACUUAUGGAAGGUAUGGAUGAAGGAUUGGAUGAUUUAGUUAAUUAUGCUUUGAAAUAUAGUAAAGAACGAAACCAAGAAUUUGAUACAAAGACUCCAGUAAUGACAGGUAAAGGGAAAAAGAAGAAGCUUUUAGUUGAUGAAUCUUUAUCUCUUGAUACUGAGACAAUAUUUUCAUUACAGAGUAAAUUGUCUAGUAGGUUAGGUAGAAAGGCUGACAAAAGAAGAACUAAGGAAGAUUUUAUUAACGAAGAGAACAAACGUUCGAAUGAUUUACUUAAAAAGUAUCCUUACGGGUUGCAUAUACAAAAUAUGAAAGAUGAGUUUGAAGAAUUUUACUCUAAUAAUAAAGACAGACUAAUUUUCCCUCCUUUAGACCCUCAUGGUAACAAAACAUUGAUGAAAUUUGCUAAACAUUAUUACAUGAAGACAAACAAAGCUGGGAAAGGCAUUCAUACACAUAUGAUGAUUGAGAAAACCAAGAAGACUAGAAGGGCAAUUCCAAAUUAUGGUCUAAUAGCACAACUCCUAAAGCAACGUCCAGUUUUCAUGAGAAUUGAUGUAAAACGUGUACAGGAAGAUUUUGUGAAGACUGAAAGAGUUAAGAUGAAGAGUAAAUUCCAUGUCAUAGAGGGUGAAAUAGUUGGUGAGAACGCUCCAGAGAUCGGUCAAGAUAAUAUUGGAAGAAGAAUGCUUGAAAAGUUAGGUUGGAGUAGUGGUGAAGGUCUGGGAACUAUGAGUAAUAAAGGUAUCAGUGAACCGUUGUUUGCUCGUGUAAAAAAGGGCAAAGCUGGUCUUCGUCUAUCAGAUGAUAAGAAAUAG